GAGUGUAGAACUUGAACGUCACUAAAAGACACGACACGAUAGCUGUUGCAUUCUGCCGGUGUAUUCGCCUUCGAUUUUAACGUGUUUAAAUAAAUUUAUUAUCAAUCAACAAGUUUAUUAAAAAACAAAAAAUAUAUUAAUUAUAAUCAAAAAAUAAAAAUGUUGCGUGUUAUUGAAAUUUCAAAAUCAAAAACACGAGAAUUUUGUUCAGUUAUUUUAACAAGUGUUUUUUUAAACAAGUUUAAUAAUUUUAAUAUUAUAUAUUUAUAACAAUUGUGAUUUAUUAUUUGUGUAUGUAUGCAUGUGUAUAUUUACAACUUAAAAAAUAAAUAAAUUUAAAUUUUUUUAAAUUAGAGCACAUGUGAGUGAUAGUAAUAAUAAAAAAUUGGAUUUUAAAAAGAGCAAUUGUUAAUUUACAUGACAAAAGGGUAAUCGUAAAAUUGGCAAGAUGAUUUUAUGAAAAAUAAAUUAACUAAUAAAAAGGAUGAUGAUGAUGAUGAACAUGGUGAUUUUAAUGCCUGACUGGAAACUCACAACAUCACUGACAAUUUUUUAUUAUUAGUAUUAAAUUGAUAAAUGAAAAAAAAUUAUAAAUUAAUUAAAAAAAAAAUAUGCAACGAAUUAAAAGAAUUGAGAUUAUUAUUUUAAAUGAUUUUGGAGGUGAUAGUUAAAGUGUAAAUUGUGAAGAUAAAAUAGGAAUGGAAGAGCCCCAGAAAUUAUUUCGACUGCCAGGUACAAUCGAAGAAGAGGAGGAACGAGAACUUGAAAAUCAGGGACAAGUUGAUAAUCAGCCACGUGUUGAAACACCACUUCUUGCACAAAAAUCAAGUGGUAAUGUUUCAGUACCAAGAAAUGUAACUCUUGUAAGAGUCAACACACAAAGCAGUAGUAUUGGUGGUGGUGGUGUUGGUCGUGCUGACUCCUACAGGAGUCGAUAUCGUGCUGGACCAGUUCGUAAAUUACGUCGACGUGCUGUUUUAAAAAAUGGUGAAUGUAAUGUAUUACAAUCACGUAUAUCAAGACGUUCAGUACGUUUUUUACAAGAUAUAUUUACAACACUAGUUGAUACCCAAUGGCGUUGGACAUUGCUAUGUUUUACAUUGAGUUUUGUAUUAUCAUGGUUGGGAUUUGCUGUAAUAUGGUGGCUAAUUGCAUUUACACAUGGUGAUUUUGAAUUAAAACAUUUACCACCAGUACAAGCUGAAAAUAAUUGGACACCAUGUAUUUAUAAUUUAUUUUCAUUUACAAGUUGUUUUUUAUUUUCAAUUGAAACACAACAUACUAUUGGCUAUGGUAGUCGUUCAACAUCUGAAGAAUGUCCAGAGGCAAUAUUUUUUAUGUGUAUACAAAGUAUUGCUGGUGUUAUGAUACAAGCACUUAUGGUUGGUAUUGUAUUUGCCAAAAUGAGUAGACCAAAACAACGUACACAAACAUUAUUAUUUUCUCGUAAUGCUGUUAUUUGUCAAAGAGAUAGUGAACUGUGUCUAAUAUUUCGUGUUGCUGAUAUGAGAAAAUCUCAUAUUAUUGGUGCAAUUGUACGUGCCCAAUUAAUACGUACAAAAUCAACAAAAGAAGGUGAAAUAUUAUCACAACAUCAACAAGAACUUGAUGUUGGUACUGAUGGACAUAAUGGAAGUAUAUUUUUCAUUUGGCCAAUAACAAUAAUACAUAAAAUUAAUUCUGAUUCACCAUUUUAUAAUAUGUCAGCUGAGGAUAUGUUGAGUGAACGUUUUGAAGUUGUUGUUAUUCUUGAGGGUACUAUUGAAUCAACUGGACAAACAACACAAGCAAGAUCAAGCUAUUUACCACAAGAAAUAUUAUGGGGACAUAGAUUUGAACCAAUGGUUAGUUAUUCAAAAGAAAGACAAGGAUAUGAAGUUGAUCAUUCAUUUUUUAAUAGUACAAUUCAAGUUGAUACACCACUUUGUUCUGGCAGAGAACUGGCUGAAUUUUAUAGAGUACAAGAUGAAUUACGUCAUGGAAAUGGUUUUAUUAUUGAUGAUGAUGGAAUGUCAGUUGGUCCAUAUCAUGAUCAUCAUCAUUAUCAUCAAUCAAAUAAUCAUCGACCUUCCGGAUUGACAAAUUCGAUAGUACGAGCUGAAAGUUUAAAAAGUGAUAAUAGCCUAGAAGAACAUGCAAUUGGUAAAUUAUACAGAGACAGUCAUUAUAAAAUUUCGAAUCCCCAUUUAUUAUCAAAUAAUCGUGAUAGUAAUGGACAAUAUAGAAUUGUUGAAAUAGAUCCUGAUGCAAUACAAAUAAUUGGUGAUGUAGAACUACAAAAUUUGCCAGAUUCUGUUAAUCGUGAAAUUUUAAAAAAUAGCAGAGAAAUUGUUUAUGAAGAAGAUUCACAUCAUGAUUAUAUUAAAGAAGAAAAUUUUCAUAAUAAAAUAGCUAAUUCAAAACGUGGAUAUUUAAGAUAUCCAUUAAUUGAUGAAGAAAAAAAAUCAUUAAGUGGCUCAAGACGUAAUUUAAGUUCUAGAAAUUUUACAAUAAUUGAUGAUGAUAAAAAAAGUUUAAAUGGAUCUAAAAGAAAUUUAAAUGGAUCAAAAAAAUAUUUAUUAUUACCAUUAGAAAAACAAGAUAUAUGGAAUGAUUGUUCGAAGAAUAAUAUUUAUAUAGGUAGUAAAGAAAAUUUAAUAUUUCCACGUAGAAAUACUGGUAGUAAAGAACGUCUUAAUUUAAUAAAAAGAGGAACAAAUUGUACAAAGCCAAUAAAAGAACAUUAUGAUAAAAGAAGAUAUCAACAAGUUAAUGUAGAUAUUGAAAAUAGAAAAUAUAUAAAUAUUAGUGAUAUAACAAAGCAUCAUGGUGCAACAAUUUCAUCACCUUCUUCUGAUUCAACAAUUUCACCAAAUGAUGUUAUUGUAACAAUGAAUUCCGAGUCAAUUGUAACACCAGAAUCUGGUUUUGCUGAUAGUCAACAUUCUGGUUCAAGUCCAGAAUAUUUUAGAAAAGAAUUAUCACUACCUGGUAAUUCAAUUAUUCAACGAAAUAGAAGAAGUUAUGAACAUGCACAAUUACAAGAUGUUAAUCAAAUUAUUCAAAGAAAUAAUAGUGGUUGUAGUUCAUCAGAUAGUGAUGUGCCAAUUAAAGAUGAUAAUAAUUCAGUUGAUAUUGUUCAAAAAAAAUUAUUAAACAAUACAAAACAAACAGUUUCACAUACCAGUGUUUAAUAUAUUUUUUCAUUAAAUUUUUAUCUAUUUAAUUGCUGUGUGUAUUUUUUUUCUUGGUUCAUUCAGUAUAAAUAUUAUUAUCUUUUAUUUUUUUGUUAAAUAUUUAUCUACGUUUUAAUAUACGCACAGGAAAAUUAAAACAUUCAAAUGAAAUUUAUUGUAAUGUAAAAUAAACAUUCAAACUUUGACUGCAAAAUAUAUAUCGAAAAAAAAAAAAAACCAACUGCUGGACAGUUAUGUUUAUAAUUAAAUAAUAAUAAUAAUUAUUUGAUAAUGUAAUUAUAUCAUUAUAAAAUUUGUUUUAUUCUUUUUAUUUUUUUUUUUUUAAUAAUCAAAUAUUUUUAUUAAUUAUUUAUUUAUUUUUUUGCGUCUGUAUUUGAAAUAUCCUUUCAUGUUUUUUUUUUUCAUUCAUGUUUUCUGUUUUUUUUUUAAAUUAUUAAUUUUUAGAAUUUUUUUUUAUUCUACAAAAAUCAUUGAGAGAUUUUUCUUUUUAAAUUUAUUUAUUUUUAAUUUUUUUAGAUUUUUUUUUCAUUUUUUUCUUGUCAGGUAUAGUUUACUGAAAUUUUACGAAAUAAUUUCUAGAAAUUUUACAAAAUAAUUUCUAGAAAUUUUACGAAAUAAUUUUCGAAAAAAACAGCACGAAUAUAAAAUUAAAAUUAUAAAUAAUAAAUACAAUAAUAUUUUAUUUAAAAAAAGUAUAAACAUUUCAUAAGAAAUUUGUUAUUUUUAUUUCUCAAUUAAAAAAUUAAUAUUUGUUGAUUUUUAUUUUCAUAAUAAAAACAAAUAUAAAUCAAAUUUAUCAUUUUCUGUCAUGAAUAAUAUGGAAAAAUUUGUAAUUGUUCUCAACAAUUACCAGGUAUUUAAUUUUAUCUCAGAUUUAAAAAGUAAUUUUAAAUUAUAAAAAAAAAUAAAAAAAAUAAACAGGUUAAUUACCUGUUUUGAAUAAGAAUAAUUCUAUAAAAAUUAUAAAUAUUUAUAUUAAUGAUAAUAAUUUUAAAGACACAGUUAAACACAUGUUAAUGAUAAAUAAUAUGAAUGACAAUAUUUUUAUAUAGUCCCCUCUUUGCAUCCACUGAUGCUAUUCAUUUUUU